GAUUGGCUCACGUCGCUGUCGCUCCUUCGAUGACGUCCUUCCUGCUUCACCGUGUCUACACGUGCGCGGUGUACAGUAUCGAGCUGAAGGGGAAAACAGCUACUAAACUUCAGCUUUCAGACUACUUCGUGUGGUCUUGAAUUUUUAUUUCCCCGGGAAAGGCUUUGCCGACUAAGCGGUCAAAAUGGUGAAGCCACGGUUCAAGGGGAAAAUGUCGAUAAACCCUUCGGCGUCCAGCAGCAACCCUGAUCGGCCGAAAGGUGCUGGCGGCUCCAACAUGAGGGACCGCGCCACUAUCAACCGUCUGAAUAUGUACAGACAGAAGCAGAGAUGUAAUAACCGUGGAAAAGUCAUCAAACCUUUACAGUACCAGUCCACAGUGGCUCCCGGGACCGUAGCCAGAGUUGAACCCAACAUCAAAUGGUUUGCAAAUACCCGUGUGAUCAAGCAGUCGUCCCUCCAGAAGUUCCAAGAAGAGAUGGGAGCAGUACAAAAGGAUCCAUAUCGUGUGGUGAUGAAACAAAGCAAACUCCCCAUGUCCCUCUUGCAUGAUAGAGUCAAAGCCCAUAACUCCAAGGUGCAUAUUCUAGACACGGAGGGUUUUGAGACCACAUUUGGGCCCAAGGCUCAGCGGAAGAGGCCCAGUCUCAUGGUGGGGGAUAUGAAAGACCUCGUAGAACAGGCUGAAGCCUCAGCUGAAAGCUACAAUGCAGGCAACGACAGAGACCUGGUGACUGAGGACACCGGGGUCAGGGUGGAAGUCCGUGAGGAAAUCUUCAAAAAGGGUCAGUCGAAGAGAAUCUGGGGGGAACUUUAUAAGGUGAUUGACUCAUCUGAUGUCAUCAUCCAAGUGCUGGAUGCUCGCGAUCCCAUGGGAACGCGCUCUAAGAGCAUAGAGUCGUAUCUGAAAAAGGAGAAAUCCUGGAAACAUCUGAUCUUUGUUCUUAAUAAGUGUGACCUCAUCCCUGCCUGGGUCACGAAACGGUGGGUAGCUGUUUUGUCGCAAGAGUACCCCACUCUGGCUUUCCAUGCCAGCCUCACCAACUCGUUUGGUAAGGGCUCCCUCAUCCAACUGCUCAGGCAGUUUGGCAAGCUUCACACUGACAAGAAACAGAUAAGUGUUGGUUUUAUUGGCUACCCUAAUGUGGGGAAAAGCUCAGUCAUUAACACCCUGCGGUCCAAGAAGGUCUGCAAUGUGGCACCCCUCGCUGGGGAAACAAAGGUGUGGCAGUACAUCACUCUGAUGAGGCGCAUCUUCCUCAUCGACUGUCCUGGUGUCGUCUACCCUUCCGAAGACAGUGAAUCUGAUAUCGUCUUGAAAGGAGUGGUUCAAGUGGAGAAGAUCAAGAACCCAGAGGAGCACAUUGGGGCCGUGCUGGAGCGGGCCAAGCCUGAAUACAUUCAGAAGACCUACCGCAUUCCUACUUGGAACUCUGCUGAAGACUUCCUUGAGAAGCUGGCGAUGCGCACUGGGAAACUUCUGAAGGGCGGUGAGCCAGAUCUCUCCACUGUCUCCAAAAUGGUGUUGAAUGACUGGCAGAGAGGACGUAUCCCCUUCUUUGUGAAACCCCCUGGACCUGAGGGGGAUCAUGAGGACAAGAAGCCAUUGGCAGUUGAAGGACCCUCAGAGGUAGCUGUGAAAGAGGAACAGCCAGAGAAUCCGGAUGCAGUCUCAGAGGAACAUGGGGAGCAGCAGCAGCAGCAGCAGAGACAGAAAGAGCAGGUCCAGAAGAUUCUGGCUAAUGUGCGACAGAACUUUGGCAAGAUCUAUGUGGCACCCGAGUUCAGCGAGGAAGACUUGGUGCCUGUGGAGAUGCCUGACCUGGAUAUGUCUGACUUCUCUGGCUCUGAUAAUGAAGAAGACAGUGAGGAAGAGGAGGGUGAAGAGGAGGGUGAAGAGGAGGACAAGACCAAAGUUGAACCAGCCGAUGGAGAGGCUGUGGAAUCCGAGCCUGCAGACGCUCAGACUGGCAAGGAGAAAGGCAGCAAGAGUUCACGCGAGGUGAUUCGUGCGCUGGAUGAGAAGAUCUCCAAGUACAAGCAGUUCCUGGACCGGGCCAAAUCCAAACGCUUCUCUGCAAUCCGGAUACCUAAGGCUCUUUCUGACAAAGCGUUCACAGACAUCAAGACUAAACAAGAGGCAGCAGCUAAGCAAGCACAGGAAAAAGCUGCGAACCAGAGGAGCAAGAAGAGGAAAGCUGAAGACGAGGAGUCCGCACAGCCGCGCAGGCUGACGUCUAAACAGAGAAGAGCGAUGGACCGUGCUCACAGGGUGAAGAAAGUUGGUGCACGCUAUUAUGAAACACACAAUGUGAAAAACAAGAACAAGAACAGAAAGGCCCCAGCACCCGCCACAGAAGGCAGAAAGGCCAAACGAUCAAAGCACUAGACUGGAGUCAUAAAACACAACGACAUAUGUAAUAAAACUUUAUUUAAAUUUGCCGGAAAGGCAAUGUGGAGUUGAUUAAAGAUGGAAUCUAACUAAUGGUUAAAGGGUCUUUAUGGAAUGGCCACCUGAUGCCUUAACUUCACUUUGACUGUUUGCAUCUUGCCUUUUGAACCGUCUUUUCCCUUCAACCCAGAACUGAAUGACGUUUCAUUCAUCAUUUACAGGUGUAAUGAGCUCUUGAUGUUCAAGAGAAAUGUACAGUAAUUGUUUGUACUGUACUUGUCAUGUCAUGCUGUUAGAAAAACAAUAAAAUAUUUGCUAAUUACA